GUGUCGUCGGUCGGUUGUGCAAAACUCGAACGGGAUGUACGCGUAAUCAACUACACUGGACGGUGUUUGGUUUUUAUUGCACCAAAAGGACAUAUCUCCUCAACAUACGCGGUGAUCAAAGCGCACAUGAACAACGGUGAAAACUGCGGUAUUAACCAAUCCGUAAUCCCCCGCCAGGAGCGGUCACAUUCCCGCAGUGAUGAGAUGUGGGACCAAUUUUUAAUUGCUCUCAAUUAACGUGUUAAUCUACCGAUUGAUUGGGUAAAACCAGUGGGGGAGAGUUCGUUGGAGUGUUUUGUUGAUUUCGUUGAAAUGAUAAAGUAUUUUACUGGUGCGUGUCGCUGCCUGCAGGUUGAUUUGCGGUGAAAAGUGUGAUUAAAAAUAAUGGCUUAAAUAAAUAUAAAUGAAAACAACAGCAGGAAUUGAAAUAUUUGUAUCGUUCGGAAUUGAUAUUUCAGUUUGUGUUUGAAAAGAGUGUUUUUCGGUUAUUUGAAUUUAAACGGUUAGUGACAAUAUACUACAGAAGGAAGAAAAUAAUCCAGAGCAAAAACCAACCGAAAUCGAGUUCAUCUGGGAUGCAAAACAAGGAACCGCAAACCAAACGUAUGGCGAUCACGUACUAGAGCACUAGAACUACCGUCGAGAGGAGUUUCACUUCCUGUGUUGUUGGCUCUGUGACAGAGAAGAGAAAUCGCAUUCCACAUUCCUUCGCCAUUCUCAGCGGACUGAGGCGAAAAAUGUAAAAUAAUGCAAAAACCGUCAAGAUGACGAUAAAACUUCACGAGUGCAAACAUAAACAUCAUCAUAAACAUCAUCGCAGCGGCAGCAGUCGUAGAAUUAAUUUCCCUCACCACGAGGGAAGCAGCGGCGCCGAAGUGUUGUGGGUGGUGAAACCGGAAGAAGUUGUGAAUAGUGCGAAUUGUGAAGAUGGUGAGCUAGCGCAACGUAACGCGACCUGGCUGCUGCCUGGUGCUGUGAAUAGUUCAAGCCGUGUGGUUUUUCACCAGCAUCCAGCACCGGAAAGUACGCCGAUAACUGAUGAAUACAGUAGUAACAGUAGCGGUCCCCAUGAUCGUCAGCCGAUAACGACUCAGUCACACAACCAACAACAAUACCACCUCCACCAGCAUACGAACAGUUUUAGCCAUCCAAAUAGCUGUAUUUCCAAAUUUUACCGUUAUCAAUUCCUGCGAACCAUAAUCGUAUUGUACAUAGCCCUAGUGGCAGUUAUAGCAAAUGCAGUGGCAGCAUUCGAGCCCGAUUUCGUAUACCCUCUGGAAAAUGUUACGGUAGCAAAAGGACGUGACGCGACGUUUACAUGCGUCGUAAAUAACCUCGGUGGUUAUAGGGUGAGUGCGGAGGCAACUCCAGCUAGGGUAGCAUGGAUUAAAGCGGAUGCGAAGGCGAUUCUGGCGAUCCACGAGCACGUGAUCACCAACAAUGGGCGGCUCUCGGUGACGCACAAUGACUACAACACCUGGACGCUAGUGAUCCGGAACGUUAAGAUGGAGGACCGAGGUGUGUACAUGUGCCAAGUCAACACGGAUCCAAUGAAAAUGCAGACUGCCUUCCUCGAGGUUGUGAUUCCGCCGGACAUCAUCUACGAGGAGACGUCCGGGGACAUGAUGGUCCCAGAGGGCGGCUCGGCCAAGUUGGUGUGCAAGGCGCGAGGUUAUCCGAAACCGAAAAUCACCUGGCGACGAGAGGACGGCCGAGAGAUAAUCGCACGUAACGGCACCCAUGGGAAGAUGAAAGCAAUGGUCGUGGAAGGCGAGAUGCUAUCGCUUACCAAGGUGACACGUUCCGAGAUGGGUGCGUACAUGUGCAUCGCGUCAAACGGCGUUCCACCGUCAGUGAGCAAACGGAUGAAACUGCAAGUACAUUUUCAUCCGCUGAUACAAGUGCCGAACCAGCUUGUAGGCGCCCCACUGGGAACCGAUGUGACACUCAUCUGCAACGUCGAAGCAUCGCCCAAGGCAAUCAACUACUGGCAGCGAGAGAAUGGCGAGAUGAUAAUCUCCAACGACCGCUACUCGAUGAACGAAAACGAAAGCUCAAUGUACGCGGUGCAGAUGACGCUCGUGAUCCGGAAACUGCACAAAGCCGAUAUGGGUGGAUACAAGUGCAUAUCGAAAAACAGCAUCGGUGAUGCCGAGGGAACGAUACGGUUGUAUGAGAUGGAACUACAGAAAAAGACUAAAUCUGCACACAGACUGAAUAGCGUUGAGGAUAUAUCUAUAAAUGAUGAAAUCAACUCCACGCCAAAUGUUGACCAACCCGAGGAGAAUAACAAAAUACACAAAAACGGACGCCUGUACAAGGGCCUACAGGGUAGUGAGCCUGAUCUAAUAAGCCCAUCGAGUGCUUCCGGCUACCAUCAGUUCUUCCACAUAUGCCAUUUGCCCCACAGAGUUCAUCAAUCGUCGUGGUCCGGUGGGGCAAAACUUUUAAUUGUCCUGCUGGUACAUCUCCGUCAACUGAUAGCACGAAUAUUUUUACAAAUCUUCCAAAUGGUGGGGCACUCCUGCUGUUGGCGCCGAUGCUCUACAGCCAUUUCGCACAGGAUACGCGCGCCAUCGGUUGUGUUAGGCCCAUUGUUGUGAUUCUUGCCGCUGUUUGUGCUCCUCUGGCUUGGAGACGCCACUUGUUUGAAUGCUGCGAAUGAGAUCUUCCAUGGAACGCAUGAAAAAUGCUGCUACCGUUGACAAAUUGAGAAGUACAAGAGAUAGGGUGAAAAUCCAUCACUCAUCCAUCGCAUCGACCGCCAUUGAUACGCGAGGAUUUCAAACUGUUUUCCAUGACUCUUGACGCAAGUUACUGUUCUGAAACCUCUAACGGGGAGGGUUAGGUCAAGGAAAUAGCAUAAUCGUUUUCUCUGUAUAUUUUAAGAGCAAGUGCCAAAACGAUACUAAAUUACAAACUGCUAAUGAUAAGGCGGCAAAAGGUGAACCGGUUGAAAAUUGGAGGAAAUCAGAUGACAGGAUCGCAAAAAACCAUACACACACGUUCAUGAAAAGUUAUAUUCAUAUUCAUAGCUAAUAAAAGUGGCAAAAAAUUGUAUGAAAUAUGCCGCACGCAUAGAUAUGAGUGUGCUGUGAAAACGGAAAGAAAGUUUUUAUUAUGAAUAAAGAUGUGGCGCUUAUUGUUACGAUGUGGAAAAUAGUGAUAAUAACAAUUUGAUUAUCACGCCAGGAAAACAAAACAAUUAAACGAAAACAGAAAAUACACUACGCUAUUUACUACAAUAGAUGUAAACAAUUAUCAUCACUCCGAAACACAAAACAAUUUAGCCAAUUUACAUGAGGUAAAAACAGUUCUAAAAGAGGAACAUAUUAUUACAGAUUAUGAACUAGAGGUAACAAACAAAUGUGGCGCACACAAUAACGAAUUGAUGCAUUUGCGCAUGUGAAAUUCCAAACGCUAUGAUAUUGCAAAUAUUACCGAUGAACAUAAUUAAUGCGAUUGUAAAUACGAAUAAAAGUAAGAAUAUGACAAUUCAUACUAUAAGAUAGAUAAUAAUAACUAUAAAUAAAGUAAU